CCCCCCACCAUUUAAUUGCUUUCUUCCUUUCCUUUUUUUUUUUUCUUAAAAAAAAAAAAACCCAAGGCAUAACUACUUUUGCAGCUGAACGUGACUGUGGCGUGCAGGAAGUGGAGCAUUGGCAUGAAGUGGCUCCUAGUGGCUGCUUGGCACACGCCAGCUGCCCUCCUCUGACUCCAGUGGCACCUGGGGGCCUGGCCUCGCUGACGGGAGAACAUUGGCGUGAAGGCUGCUGGCGACUGGGCCAGCAUUCAUUGUGAAGACCGGAGGGACACACCCUGCUGGGCCCUUCUAGUCAGAGGCUGCAAACUAGAACCUGGGACCCCUCCCCUGGACUGGCUGAUUCUAGAAUGGACAGAUCUGGUCUGUUCCAGCCGUGGGGCCCCCUCCCUUCCUCCCUGCUCUUCCAGGCCGCCCUGAACCCACCCCCAGGGGCCUGCUCUGACAACAGGAAGCUGCUCCUGUGACCUCCCAGGGCCUUGCGGGGCCACUUGGAGGAUUUUCUAAGUGUUGUCGCUAAUCUUCUGGACAGAGUGUGACUUCCAGUCAGGACGGAGGAAGGAAACUGAAAUGAAGUCGUUCAGACUUUCAGGUCUUCAAAAUAGGAAGGAAGAAACGAGACGCGGCUGGCAGAGCUGCAGCUCAGAGACCAUCAUGUCCCGGGGGAAGGCUGCGGCCCCAGGGCCCAGUGGGCUCCUAAGAGCAGCACCCCACUCCUGUCCCCGCUUCUUCCGUAUUUAGAAGUUUUAAAAAGGAACCAAGUUGAUUUUAAAGUCUCAAGGGAGAAAAAGCCUCUGAAGUAGAUGCAUUCUUUCAGUUUAGUGUGAAAACAGCUCUCCUGGCCACGCCUGCCCCUUCAGUCUCCUCAGAAAACGGGCUGCGGGCUGUGCCCCGAGGGCCCCCGGGGGAGUGCCCCCUACUUGGGCCCCGGGCGGCUGUCCUUGCGCCCCCCCAGGCGAAAGCCCCCAGUGUUUUCAUUUUGGAAACGCUCAUGUUUCUGUCACAUGGAGCUCAAGUUGCAAAAGAAACUUGGACUUUCCUCAGAGCCGUUCCCUGGUGACCGAAGAGAAGUCACCUGACCCAGCUAACAAGAUGCUGCCUGUGUCCUGAACACAUCUCAAAACGACAGAUCAUUUUCGUCACUGCCGAUCAUCUCUGCCAUUUUACUAGCCAUGCAGCCUUUACUUUCCGAGCGUCAGUUUCCUCACCCGCAGGAAGGGAACACUUGUAUCUACCCCAUCUUCCCACCAGGGGUAUUGGGAAGGCCUUGGAUACAAAGGCUGAGCCACGGCCGGGAGCAUGGCUCACGUCUGUAAUCCCAGCACUUUGGGAGGCUGAGGCGGGCAGAUCAUUUGAGGUCAGGAGUUCGAGACCAGCUUGACCUACAUAGUGAAACCCCAUCUCUACUAAAAUACAAAAAUUAGCUGGGCGUGGUGGCAUGUGCCUGUAGUCCCAGCUACUCAGGAGGCUGAGGCAGGAGAAUCGGUUGAUAAUCAGGAGGUGGAGGUUGCAGUGAGCCGAGGUCGCACCAUUUCACUCCCCUGGGUGACAGAGCAAGACUCUCUGUAAAAAAAAAAAAAAAAAAAGAAGGCUGAGCCACAGGAAGCUCAUGCCUGCAGGGCUCUGAGAGGAGGAAGCCUGGGGCAGGACCUAGGCCAGUGGCCGCUGGGCAAAGCAUGGAGCACCCUAGCAAGAUGGAAUUCUUCCAGAAGCUGGGCUACGACCGGGAGGACGUGCUCCGGGUGCUGGGCAAGCUGGGCGAGGGCGCCCUGGUCAACGACGUGCUGCAGGAGCUUAUCCGCACAGGCAGCCGCCCGGGGACCCUGGAGCACCUGGCUGCACCCAGGCUAGUGCCUCGGGGCUCCUGUGGGGUCCCGGACUCUGCCCAGCGCGGCCCAGAGACAGCCCUGGAAGAGGACUUCGGAGCGCUGGCCAGUUCUCUGCGACCCAUAGUGAUUGAUGGCAGCAACGUGGCGAUGAGCCAUGGGAAUAAAGAAACCUUCUCUUGCCGGGGAAUCAAGCUGGCUGUGGACUGGUUCAGGGACAGAGGACACACCUACAUCAAAGUUUUUGUUCCAUCCUGGAGGAAGGACCCACCAAGAGCUGACACCCCUAUCAGAGAGCAGCACGUGCUGGCGGAGCUGGAGCGGCAGGCAGUGCUGGUGUACACGCCGUCCCGCAAGGUGCACGGCAAGCGCCUGGUCUGCUACGACGACCGCUACAUCGUGAAGGUGGCCUACGAGCAGGACGGCGUCAUCGUCUCCAAUGACAACUACCGGGACCUGCAGAGCGAGAACCCCGAGUGGAAGUGGUUCAUUGAGCAGAGGCUGCUCAUGUUCUCCUUCGUCAACGACCGGUUCAUGCCUCCUGAUGACCCCCUGGGCCGCCAUGGACCCUCCCUGAGCAACUUCCUGAGCAGGAAGCCGAAGCCCCCAGAGCCAUCCUGGCAGCAUUGUCCCUAUGGCAAGAAAUGCACCUACGGCAUCAAGUGCAAGUUCUACCACCCGGAGAGGCCGCACCACGCGCAGCUGGCAGUGGCCGACGAGCUCCGCGCCAAGACAGGGGCCCGGCCUGGCGCGGGCGCCGAGGAUCAGCGGCCACCGACAGCCCCAGGCGGCUCCGCAGGAGCCCGGGCGGCCCCCCGGGAGCCAGUUGCGCACAGCCUCCCGCCGGCGCGGGGGUCCCCGGACCUGGCCGCCCUGCAAGGGAGCUUCUCUCGGCUGGCCUUCAGCGACGACACGGGGCCCCUCGGGCCGCCUCUCCCGGGCCCUGCCUGCAGCCUCACGCCCCGACUGGGCGGGCCCGACUGGGUGUCCGCCGGCGGCCGGGUGCCAGGCCCGCUCGGCCUCCCUAGCCUGGAGAGCCAGUUCUCCCCGGGCGACCUCCCGCCUCCGCCCGGCCUGCAACUCCAGCCGCGGGGCGAACACCGCCCUAGGGACCUGCUCGGCGACUUGCUUUCCCCGCGCAGGCCGCCCGACGACCCGUGGGCCCGUCCACCCCGCUCCGACCGCUUCCCUGGGCGCUCCGCCUGGGCGGAGCCGGCCUGGGGCGACGGCGCCACUGGGGGACUUUCAGGGUACGCGGCCGAGGACGACGAGGGGGACGCGCGCGCCCGGGCUCGCAUCGCGCUCUACAGCGUCUUCCCGCGCCACCAGGUGGACCCCGUGUUGGCCGCGUUCCCGGAGCUCUCCGACCUCGCCAGGCUCAUCCUCCUGGUGCAGAGAUCCCAGAGCGCGGGGGCGCCCCUGGGCAAGCCCUAAGGGACCACCACGCCCUUACAGGGAAUGGCCCAGCCUCGCCUUGCAUCUUGGACGGGUGGACCUGUGGUUGCCAGCCUGGACCUGAGUGGGCCCAUCGUGGCGCCCCCUUUUCUUUAAAGAUGGUCAGGGAAGCCUGCUUGCUCUUCCUGAGCGGGGUUGUGGGGACCUGGUGGCACUUGGUGAUCCUCACUGAGGCCGGGGCCUGCUGCGGGGAGGUCCACCCACUUCCGUGGAGGGAAUGAUUUUCCAUGUGCACGGAGACUGCAGGUCCAAGCUGCAGUAGAAUCCACAAGUGGGUCACAAAAUCAAUUUAGUGGGUCACCACCACAAACACAGAGGACUGCGACAGGUCAGAGUGCAUCCUGUACAAUCAGGCUGAGUCUGAACUCUUGUUACCUAUCCUGUGUCCCUACCCCCUUGGCAGCCACGUAACUAACCUCAAUGUGGGUCGUUGUCAGAAGUUUAAAGACUGAAUGGUCUUGAAUUUAAUUGCAUCAGGUAAUGUUUGAAAUACGUAGUCAGGUGGCCAGGGGAGGUUUGCUAUCUGGAAGUUUUCAUGUUAGCUAUUGCUAACCGCACCCGCAAGGGGAGCCCAGCCUCCAGAUGUGGGCUCAGCUGUGCUCUGAAUUGUGUGGCUGUGCCAUGCUGGGGACAAGUGGCAGGAGCGCUUUGUCCCAGGGCCGCCUUCUGGGGCCUUCACCCGCCUUCACACACAUACCCCCACCACACAAAUGUACACACACACACACAUACACACACACACACACGCAGUUUCUCAUACAUGUACAUGCUCACACACACCACACAGACACAUACCGUUUGGCUCAGGGUUAAGUAUCUCCAAUUUUUUUUUAGCCAUCCAUCAUGGCAGUUUCCAGAAUAGGCUUUCUACUGUACCAGCUGAGCUGCCUUCUUUUACUUCUUCUUCUUUUUUUAAACAGAGUCUCAGCCCGGCACGGUGGCUUAUGCCUGUAAUCCCAGCACUUUGGGAGGCUGAGGCGGGCAGAUCACUUGAGGUCAGGAGUUCGAGACCAGCCUGGCCAACAUGGUGAAACCCUGUCUCUACUAAAAAUACAAAAAUUUAGCCAGGCAUGGUGGCACACACCUGUAGUUUCAGCUACUCAGGAAGCUGAAGCAGGAGAAUCGCUUGAACCAGGAGGUGGAGGUUGCAGUGAGUUGAGAUCAUGCCACUGCACUCCAGCCUGGGUGGCAGAGCAAGACUGUGUCUUAAAAAAAAAAAAAAAAAAGACAGAGUCUCACUCUGUCACUCUGUCUGGAGUAUAGUAGUGUGAUCUUAGCUCACUACAGCCUCAAACUCCUGGACUCAAGUGAUCCUCCUGCCUCAGCCUCCUGAGUAAUUGGGACUGUAAACAUGAUAGCCACACUUCACAGUUAAAGUGGGGCUGGGUGAGUCAGGACUUUUGCUCUGAAAUCUACAGGUGGGUCAGCAGAAAGCUGACAUGCACUCAGUCAGAGUUUAUUGCCAUCUUCCUGGUGCCAUUUCUUCCAGCCAGCUACAGCUCUGGGUUUGAGGAGAAAGGGCCUACUCAUUUACAAUGGCUAAGAAGUGAGAUGGUGCUUCCAGAGUGCUGACCCCCGAAUCCUCAGGGGGCCCUGGCCUCUCCUGGCAGCAUCCACCCAUUCUGGUUACCAUGCCAGCCCUCCAGACUAUGGCUUAUUUGUUCACUAGAGGGCUCGGUAGCUUGGCAGUUUGGGGAAAGCGGGAGGCACUUCCCAGUGGAAGACCAGAGAAGACCAGCCCCCAGCUCCACAAACUUCCUGCAGCCUGCUGGUGCAGAGGGAACUCUUGCCAGUUUACUACCAGAUUUCAUGAGAUGUUGGCAGGCCUGGGGGGCACCUCAGGGAGAGUGCGUUCCCAGCCCUUUCAUUCAUGGUAAAUGACACCCCUGGGGCAUACAGUGAUGUUAGGUUUUUCUCCGAGACUUCUUUGAUCUUUUAAAACCAGAUUAUUAGCAUGGAUUGAGCCAGAGCUGUCCCUCACCCCCUUUUUCCAAAGAGGACGGUGCACCCACAAUUUUACCGUAACAUAUUGGGAUCUCAGGCCUGAAGAUGGCCCACUCUUUGUAAAUAAGUUGGAUUUUCCUCAUGAUAUGUGUGGGGUUUUUUUGUGGGGGGAGAGGGCAGGGUUCCGCUCUGUCAUCUGUCACCCAGGCUGGAGUGCAGUAGUGCAAUCAGGGCUCACCGCAGCUUUGACUUCCCAGGCUCAAGCAAUCCUUGUGCCUCAGCCUCCUGAGUAGCUGGGACUACAGUUGCGCCACCACGUCCAUCUAAGUUUUUCUAUUUUUUGUAGAGACCCAAAGCAUUGGGAUUACAGGCAUGAGCCACCGCAACGGGCCUUUAUUUUUUUAAUUAUAAUAAUUAUUAUUAUUAUUAUUUUUGAAACGGAGUCUCGCUCUGUCACCCAGACUGGAGUGCAGUGGCGCAAUCUUGGCUCACUACAUGCUCUGCCGCCUCCCGGGUUCACGCCAUUCUCCUGCCUCAGCCUCCCAGGUAGCUGGGACUACAGGUGCCUGCCACCAUGUCCGGCUAACUUUUUGUAUUUUUAGUAAAGAUGGGGUUUCACGGUGUUAGCCAGGAUGGUCUCGAUUUCCUGACCUUGUGAUCCGCCCGCCUCGGCCUCCCAAAGUGCUGGGAUUACAGGUGUGAGCCACCGCGCGGGGCCCCGGGCCUUUAUUUUUAUUUGUAACCUUUUGACAAGACAUGCUUUCUAUUAGAGCUGCUUUUUGUCUCCCUGGUUCGGUUUCCUGGUGUAGAAUGAUUGUGUUGCUGAUUUUUCAGUUGAAAAUGUUUAAACUGCUUCCUUUGAGAACAAGUUUGAGUUUUAGUAAGCUGUAAAGCUAUUUUAUUUGAUUCACUGUGAAUAAGACACGUACAAAAAAAAAAAGUAAAAACACAGCACAUUUCAAGUGUAAUCCCCUUUGGAAUUUUUCCAAAGUCUUAGUAUAUGUCUUUGUGACAAAAACAUAGAUGGGACAGGUAAAUGAAAUGUUCCUAGUUGCAUAGCUGUUACCAUGCUUCAAAAAUAAAUCAUUUUUACCACA